CAGUGUAUAUUCAGACUUAGACAUAAUAGUAAGUUAUAAUAAUAUUGUGUAUUUAAUUGUGAUAAUUUCUAAGAGAAAAUAUGUCAAAAUUCAGUGUUAAUGAUUACGAUUGUAUUGGUUUUGACCUAGACAUGACACUAGCUAGAUACAAGCUGACAAAUUAUAAUGAACUGAUUUAUGACGCUCUUUCAAAUUACCUAAUAACUGAAAAAAACUACUCUAAAGAAAUUUUAUUAAGACCUAUUGAUGUUAACUUUACCAUAAGAGGUUUAAUAGCUGAUACUGAAAAUGGAAAUUUAAUAAGAAUAUCACCGGAUGGUUUGAUUCUUCAAGCUGCUCAUGGUACUAAAUGGUUAACAAAUGAAGACAUAAUAAAAUAUUACCCUGACCAUCAUUGGAAAUCAACCGAUUUUUUUGUAAAAGCGCCAGCAGUAAAUAGUGACAAAAAAUUUAGGCUACUAGGUGACUUUUUAAAUUUGCCAAUAGCAUUAAUGUUUGCUAGAGCGGUAGAUAGUAUAGAUAUGGUGCAAGGUCCUCAAACAAACUAUUCAGUUCUUCAAGAUAUCGCUUCAGGUAUGAGAUCAAUUAUAUUUUCAAGAAACCUAUGUACAAAUGACCUUGGUGUUUUUCCUCAAUUAAAGAAGAAUUCUGAAAACAUUUAUCAUAAAUGCAGCCAGCGCAUGUUAGACUGGUUGGAGGAAUUAAAAAGUAAAGGAAAGAAACUAUUUUUAAUGACAGGUGCUGACGCUAGUCAUGCUUUUUUGACAGCCGAGUGUACACUAGGAAAAAACUGGAAAAAAUUAUUCGAUAUUAUCAUUUGUUUCUCAGAGAAACCUGACUUCUUUACGAUGGAGAGAAAAUUUAAAGCACUAGAUGGAUUUAGGGAAACUGAAAAUGUUGCUGCAGAAGACUUGAAACAAGGAGGAGUAUAUACAUAUGGAAAUUGGAAAGAUUUAAAACAGUUUUUGAUUACUAUAUCUAGCAAAAGAAGCCCAAAAGUAUUGUAUAUUGGCGAUAAUAUUAUUCAAGACGUGUACGCUCCUAACUUUUACUGUCAAAUGGACACUGUUGCUAUCUGUGAAGAAUUAGAAGCAGAGAAAAGAGUUGGCUUUGCAGAAAGUGAUCAUCCUGAUAAAGACUUUAUUCGUUCAACAAUAUGGGGUUCAUUUUUUCCUACUGAAAAAAUUAAUGAAACUUUUUGGUUUAACUUAAUAAAAAAAUAUGCAAAAAUAUGUGUACCGAGUGUAGAAUACUUAGCAAAAUUUCCUGUUGAUCAUACAUUUGAUAAACAGUUUUAGUCAUAUUUCAUACUUCUCGAAAAUUCGUUCCAUAAAAUAAA